AUGGCUGUCCAAGCCGAAAGCAGGUUAUCAACAUGGUUCUAUCGAGGGUCGCUUGUGGUGCUUGUUUUGCUAUUUGUGGGAUUUUCCGUAGUGAUGCCCAUCGACGCAAUGGCUCAGGCUUCACGUUCCAAUAAUGAUGCUCUCAAUACAUUCAUUGUCGUAGGAGCUUUUGUUGUCUUUGGUGUUUUGAGCAUCAUCAUAGCUGCUGGUAGGGUCUUUGUCCAACGCAGCUGUUUGCAGGAAAUUCCAAAGCGAUAUCUACCGUUCACUCCCGAGGAUUUGCCCCAUCGUGGUAGUAGAGAGUUCAUAUUACGUCAAAUGGAUCACUCUCAUGAUUUGGCGGAAAUCCUGAAGAAGCCGGCGGGUAUUGUGGUACAUGCCGGUUUGUCGAGACCCGUUCACGAAAAUGAGGAGGACGGAAACGUAACUUUGCCUUCUCUUCUUAAUUACGAAGAAAGCAUCAAGAUUAUCACCAGUCGUCUGAAAUAUCAAGGAGCCUUUUUCGGGCUCACGGAGUUGAACCCUCCCAUCGGCCACACAUUUGCAGAUGUCAUUCAUAGUCUGUUCACACACACCGGUCAGCAUCCCAUAGAGGCCACGGAAUAUGUUGAACUCUACGAGCAGAUCCGCUUCUCUGGCCAGGAAAUAACCUCCGAGCAGUUCUUACGUUUCAUGGACCUCUCUCUUUUUCUUGUGGAUGUUCUUUUACGCAUGCAUCAGGACCCCACACCGCGCACCCCGCAACCCGACGAUUCUGACAGCUACAACGAAGUCGACUAUCUAAAUGUCGGUGAACACAGCUCUGAAGUACAUUACCUGACAACUACAAACACCAAUAGUACGGUGGCUCGGAGAGUGACGGCUGAAAAUCAAGAUCAAAAUUCACCUCGUGGUCGAAGGUCAACUCCUUCCGACGUGGAAAGCUACGAAUCGGUCCUGCGUGGGUACGAUGUGGCGACAUAG